CCAAGAAUCACAAAUAUCCUUUUACCUUUUUCAUUCCUUCCCCACAAUGGUAUACCAAAUCUUCCCUUGACUGAAAAGGGACCCAAGUUUCUAUUACCUUACAAUACAGAAUCACAUCUUGGUAAAUGGUCUUUUACAUCAAACUCUACUCCUUCCCCUUCCCUACUUUGAUGCCUGAUCACUGAGCGGUUUAUUUGCAAUGGGCAAGCUAAAGUUCUCUUUUACAACUUCUCUAUCAUCUCAACUCUGACCACCUCUAGCUUUCUUCAACUUGUUCUUCUCCUGGGCCUUCUUUUUCUUCGCCUCGGCUGUAACCCAGGUGUAAUCUGGAGGAAUGACAAACGGGUCCUGAGUCGUCUCGAUCCUGCUGCUCGGACAUCCAUUUGACGAGUUAGCUCGUUGAUACGGUGCCUUGAUCCACUGAAACCAGGACGAUGAGCUUGCGGAUUGUGUCAUUCCAGGGCUCUCUCUGCCUCCCAGGGCCGGACACGGGCUUGAUGGUGGAGUAGCAAAUUCUUCCAACGGCUGCAGCUCUUCAAACUUGGUAAACGUAACGAGGACUCUAAUGGUGGGAACAACAGGGAUAGCUACCUGGACUGGAAACGUUCCCAGAGGGAGUUUUGUGGUAAGCAGCUCUCUUAAUCGGCGAAUUGCUUUAACUUUGUUAGCGAGGAUGUCAAGCAAAGGGAGAAGCUCUUCGGUCUGCAAUGGGAAGUUUGGAGACAGCCACAGUGUUGGCCUCAACCCUUUCUUAUACUCAUUGUCUCGACCUCCUUCCUUCCUGCGGUUACUAGCUUCAGAACUUGCCGAAGUAGACGCCUUUGCUUCCCUUCCUCUCCUGUGCUCGUCCCUCACAGUCACCUCCACGGAAUGCCUUCCGGGUCUUGUUUGACUAGCAGGUGGGGAGUCCCCAAGAAGAUCACUCACCUUCUCUUCCACACAUAGGGAACUUCUAGGUGGAACAAUUUUCUUCUGUCCUUCAACUUUCUGGUCGCGUUUCCUCCAUCCCCCAAACCAUCCUUUCUUCUCCUGCUUAGUCUCCCCAUUCCUGAAGUCAUUACCAUCUUCAAUCGGAAUAUCCCUAUGAUCAUAAGAACUAUGCCGAUGUGCAACCAUCCCAUCACCAUUCUCACUGCUUAACUCUGAAGAAUCCAGUUUUAGAGCCAAUUCAAGUUGCCUUCUUUCUUCUUCUGUCAAAAUGUCAUUAAGCUCCUCACUUUCUGUUUCAUUCUCAUUGGAAGAUGCGAAGAACUCAUCAUCUGACAUUGCCCCUGGGACCCUCCUGGAUUUUAUGCUAACAACCACAUUAUGCAUGUCAUAGACCUUAGCCUUCCAUUGACCAACGAGUUCUGAUUUCUCCUGCCUCCUCCACGUUAAUUGUGGCAAAAGGACUGCCUGAGUUACAUCAAUUCCAGGGCGGAAAAUGUUUGUCUGAGACAUCGCAUUCACUUCUUGUUUAACCUCGUCAUCGGUUGCAGGCGCACCCGCACCAUCAAGAGCAUUCAUCACCUCUUUGUCUUUGUGUGUUAUCAUGCAAAGUGAGCCAGGAGGCACUUUCCCAUCUUCAGAUCCAUCACCAAGGAAAAGGAUGCUCUGAUCCAAACGUUGAAUCCUAAAACCGUCGAACCCGGCCAAGGUCAUAUCCGCUCUCAAGUUUGCACCUCUCUUCCAAAUCUUGUAAGUAUCAGAAGGAGCAAUCCUUGAGAUAAAAGGAAUCACAGAACUCUCAAAAUGGAAUGUGAUCUCCAUAUAGAAGUCCCUCAUCCUAUGCAUCGUCCCAAUCAAACGAGGCAGCCUCCUGCACCAUUUGGCCCAAGCCAAUGGCUGGUAAUGCCUAACAAUCGUCAUUGCAAUUGCCUCUUCUCUGUUACAAAUUGCUUCUUGAAGAGCACUCCAACCCUGCUCAUUCUGCAAGCUCCAAUCAACACCAGCUACCAUGAGCAUCUCGGCAGCAGUCUCGUCGCCCAAUUUGACAGCCAAGUGAAGAGGGGUUUCACGGUUGGGGACAUCACGCCUAUCAAUAACAGCAGAGAUGGCAUCAGCCUUCACUUCUUCAGCCACUGAAGCUGACUCGGUCUGAAUCUCAGCUGGGUUGCAGAGCCUAGGCAGCCCAGCUAGAAUUUUUCUAAGACCAACAUAAUCCCUGGUUGCAACAGCCUUGUGCACAGGGCUAUGUGCGUACUUUGAAACAUCAACACCCGCCAUAUUUCAGAAGCGAACUCCAAGCAAUCAAAACCCAAUUCCUCCCUCGCUUCAAAGCCAAGUCAGAGCCCUAGAAACCAAGAGAUGGAUAGAGUCAAGCCCAGUUAUAUUGCUCUCUUUACACUGCUAAAUUACCAACCACCGAACGAGAACCGAAUGGUAAAAUCAGGGAAGGCAGUCGAGGAUCGCAGAACAAACCCAAAUCUUAGAAAACCUCAAACAGCCCAACAAGCCUCCAAUCCAGCUUCCUCAAGCUAUGACAAUAUGUAUCUCCAUUCAAAGAAUGAACUGAAUUAUGAAUCAAUGCCCCGAAAUCCAAAUCAUCUCCAUCAAAGACCCAUACCCAGUUCAACUAAUAGACUCAAAGUGAAAGAGGGGUUGCAGAUUUCUGCUAACACAAAGCAAAAUAACUGCUUGCGGCGCCAAACAGAAAGAAAGAUCCAAAGAGGGAACAAGAAAUCUCACCGUGUCUUCCUUCCUUACUCCUCUACUUCUCCUUCUUCAACACAUAUGCUCCUCCAAAUGAAAGAGUCAGCCAAGAAGAAUCCCUCUUUCUGCUGCUCUCUGUCACGUACACUUCUCUUUCUCUCUCUCUUUCUUCUGAUCCAAUCCAGAUCAGACAAAUCGAAGAGCAUGCAUGUGAGGGGCCUGUGCUGUGUCCAAACAAAAUAUAUGACUUGAAAAAGAGAGAGAGGGGAAAGGAAAAUUCUUUUAUAAAAACAAGGGGGGAAAAGGAAGCACUUAUAGCAGAACGACGCACAGAGGAAGGGAAUCUGGCAAAAGAGAAUCAACCAUGAUGGAAGGAAGGUAGGGGAUGAGAAGAGAAGAGAAGAGAAAGAGGGAAUCAAGAAAGGAAUGGAAGAAAACAACAAAACCCCAUCUUUUCUCCUAAGACUCCUAACCCAACCCUCCAGCAAUGAACUCAGAGAAAGGGGCAAAGCUAGCAGUAGAAUCAAGAUGGAAAAAAUGAAAGGGUUGAGAAGAUACUAGGAGGUAGAUUUAGGGAAAGGAAGAAUCAAAGUCAAGCACUGCUCAAGUAAAAACGAUAAGAAAGAAAAGAAAGACCUGGAAAAUGGAAAUUAAUCACAGAGAUGGAGAGAGAGAGAGUAGACGAAGCAAAUAAAAGAAAAAGAAAUUAAAGUGGAGAGAGAAAGAGAUAGGGAUGGCGGUCUGAAGGGUGAACUCUGAACCAGUGAAAGCGACUGGAGCAGGAAAUGAAGGGGAAGAGGGAAACUGGCUACUCAAAAGCAUAAAAACAGGCUAUUUGUUUCUCUAUUGUAUUUCAGUCUCCUUCCCCAUUAACCGCCACACUUGGAGCUGCUGCAAGAAUGAACAGAUUGGUCGCGAGGAGGAAUCUUUACUCGAAUCACGAUCAACUGAAGUUUCCAUGGAAGAGAGGCUUCUGUAGCGGCGGCGAAGCUGCUGCAGCAGCAGGAUCAAGUCCUUCUUCCGGCCAUCUUAACCAUCAGGAUAAGCAUGGAACUUUCACUGGAAAUGAGCAACCUUACGACCUUGCCAUUGUCGGAGGAGGCAUGGUGGGGAUGGCCCUAGCUUGUUCUUUGGCAACAAAGCCCCUGACGAAGCACCUGAAAGUUGCCAUUAUUGAUAGCAAUCCUGCUUUGGCUAAAAAGCUGUCAAUCAAGAGGGAGGAUCCACCUGAUCCGAGGGUCAGUACGGUGACACCAGCAACCAUUGCUUAUUUCCAAGAUGCUGGUGCUUGGCAACACGUUCAGCAGCAUCGGCAUGCAUAUUUUGAUAAGAUGCAGGUCUGGGAUUACACUGGCUUAGGAUAUACAACAUACGACGCCAGAGACGUAGACAAAGAUGUUUUAGGGUGUGUUGUAGAGAAUCGAGUGCUUCAUAGUUCUUUGUUAUCACGUAUUGAGGAUACAGACUUCCAAAAGAUGAUCUACCCUUCUAGGUUGGCUUCAAUGAUUCGAUAUCCAAGUUCUUCAUUGAAGGCAGAUGAUAACACUAGAGAAGCAUCAUACACGAAAGCGGGAUUAGUAAAGCUAGAAAUGAGUGAUGGAAGCAGCCUAUACACGAAGUUGGUGGUUGGAGCUGAUGGGGCCAAGUCACAAGUCAGGACUCUUGCAGGAUUUAGAACUACUGGGUGGAACUAUUCACAGAAUGCCAUCAUCUGUACCGUUGAGCAUUCUGUUGAAAAUCACACUGCUUGGCAACGGUUUUUACCAGAUGGUCCAAUUGCUCUGUUGCCGAUCGGGAAUAAUUUUAGCAAUAUUGUCUGGACCAUGAACCCAGAGCAGUCAUCAGACUUGACGGCGAUGAAUGAGGAUGAAUUUGUAAAAGCUGUAAAUCAUGCUCUGGAUCACGGAUAUGGCCCUCAUCCAAAGUCAAGCUUCUCAAACGGCACUAACAAGUUUUCAUUCCUUGGGGGAAACUUGACAAUGUCGAUCAAUGAAUCUUUCGAGGUUCCACCAAAGGUUGUGAAGUUGGCUUCCAAGAGAGCUGCAUUUCCCCUGUCCUUGAUGCAUGCUAACGACUACAUAGCAAAACGUAUUGUCCUUAUUGGCGACGCAGCACAUGCUGUUCAUCCUUUAGCUGGCCAAGGAGUUAAUUUGGGUUUCGGAGAUGCAUUUACCCUCUCAAGAAUCAUCGGCGAAGGGGUGGCAGUGGGAACAGACAUUGGGGAGGUCUCACUGUUGAGAAAGUAUGAAGCAGAAAGGAAACCUGCGAACGUGGCAAUGAUGGCUCUCCUGGAUGGUUUUCAGAAGCUAUACUCGGUUGAUUUCGGGCCUCUUAACGCGUUGCGUGCUGCUGCCUUUCAUGCCGCCAACUACAUUUCACCACUCAAGAGGAGUAUCAUCUCCUAUGCCUCGGGAGAGCAGAGAUUACCCAUGUUCCCAUGAAACCAGAGGUGAUGAGACUUCCAGAGUUCUGGAAACAAUCUCGACGAAUCCGUGUAAUAAAUGGUACUUCACUUGAACGGAUGUAUAGAAUAGGAGUUUACUUGUUCUCCUUUUCUCAACUAUCUGGUCUAGAUAAUGCAUCUAUCCUGCUUUGUUAUCCCAAAUCCACUUCCUUCUUAGAGGGGGCAUUGUAAUUGAUGCUCAUUGUAUGUAUCUCGUGUGUUAGCGAACUUAUGUACAUAAACUAGUCAAAUGUUCACAUCUGAACUAAUUACUGCAACAAAAACGCAUCCCGAAUUACGCGAGCAGCGACUCUGGACGAGAGGCGUGAGAUGAUCUCGGGGAGAACCCUGGCUGAUAUGCCAGGCAGAACGGGAAGAAGCUCGCGUACAAUCUGGGCUGUGUUGGCGCCCCCCUGUGGAUGUGGUUGAAAGCGAGCUCCCGGCAGUUAGGAACUCAACGACCUUCUGGACGUUGUUGAGAAUGACUUUGUCCUCCUCGGUUAUGCUGGGGAGAAAAGCUGCUGGUGGUCUAAAGGGUCUAGGAACCAUGCUGAAGACAGGAGGAGCAUUUCCAAAUCCAACAAGUGCCAGU